AACACCCGAGGCAUCAAGAUACCACCCAACGAUUCCUAAACCUCCACCUGGUCCUGCCCAAGCACAGGACCUCAAAAUUUUCCAGUAAUAGGCAUCGGAAGUUACAGCCAUUCAGAGAAACGUGACUGGCGUCAGCGGGUAGCGGCGCGGCACGCCUUACCGCUAAUAAGGACUACAAGCCUGAGAAGAGGAAGUACCACCCUGACUCGACACGCCGCUGUUACGAGCUACCACGAGCAGGUAGCGUCCAUUGCCUGCUACUGGCUACCGCCGGCUACCAAACUGCCGCUGGCUGGAAACGUGCGACAGCGGGGAUCUAGAAGAACCAGGACGAAGACGUUGCCCACCUGAGAAAGAGGAGAAAGAAAGAUCGAGCUGGAACAGAUCCAACGACAUCUCGCGAGCUGUUUAAGGGCCGAUCUUUUCGUUGCGAUUCGUUAAUACUUUCACAACGACGUCUCGUCAGAGAUCACGGAAGUCGAUCGGAGAAGUUAAGUUCGUUAAGAGCAAGAGAAGACGGAAACAUCAUUCACCAUGGGGAGCUUGAACGUCAAUCGCAAUGUCAGCGACGCCUUUUAUCGCUACAAGAUGCCGCGGAUCCAGGCGAAGGUGGAAGGCAAGGGGAACGGUAUUAAGACGGUGAUCGUUAAUAUGGUGGAUGUGGCGAAGGCGAUCGGUCGUCCGGCUACGUACCCGACCAAGUAUUUCGGUUGCGAGUUGGGCGCCCAGACGCAGUUCGACUUCAAAAACGAGCGUUUCAUCGUCAACGGCUCGCACGACGCGACGAAGCUGCAGGACCUGCUGGAUGGUUUCAUCCGAAAGUAUGUCCUUUGCCCGGCCUGCGACAAUCCGGAGACCGAAUUGAUGGUUAGCUCGAAGAAAGGCACGAUCUCGCAGGGUUGCAAGGCGUGCGGACAUCAUGGCCUUCUUGAGAGUAAUCAUAAGUUGAACACGUACAUCCUGAAAAACCCGCCGAGCUUGAAUCCGGCGGUGCAGGGCAGCUCAUUGACGGAGGGUAAACGCGGCAAACGCUCGAAACGCGCCAAUGGCGACGCCUCGACUACGAUCGCCGUGGCCACGGCCACCACUAACGGCAACGAUCGAUCUGGCUCGCCGGAAAAUGACGUCAACAACUCUGCAGACAUCGUGGUAGAACCACCGCCGGAGAGAACAAUCAACGACGACGAUAAAUGGGCGGUGGAUGUGUCCGAGGAGGCGGUCAGAGCUCGUCUCCAAGACCUGACGGAUGGUGCGAAAGGUAUGACCAUCAGCGAUGACCUCGACAAGAGCGAAAAGGAGCGCAUGGACAUGUUCUACAAACUGGUUAAGUGCCGUCGCGACGCCGGCCAGCUCGACAACAAUCACAAGGAGCUCGUAGCCGAGGCAGAACGUCUCGAGGUUAAGACCAAGGCGCCGUUGAUCCUUGCCGAGUUGCUGUUCGACCAGGGAAUCGCCGCACAGGCGAAAAAAUAUCGGGUGCUACUGCUGCGCUUCACUCACGACGACAUUAAGGCGCAGAAAUAUUUGAUCAGGGGAAUCGAGCAGGUGAUCGCGCUGCAUAAGGAUGCGCUCAUGCCAAAGGUUCCCGGAAUCCUCAAGUUGUUUUACGACGCUGAUAUCCUGGAGGAGAAGGCGUUCGAUGAGUGGUCGAGUAAAGUCAGCAAGAAGUACGUCUCAAAGGACCUGUCGCAAGAGAUACACGAUCGAGCCGCUCCAUUUUUAACAUGGUUGAAAGUUGCCGAGGAAGAGGAGUCUGAAUCCGAGGAAGAAGAUGACGAUGUGCAGAUCGAAUACGACGAUAGAGCCAAGCAGGAAUCCCUGAAAAAGCAGCCGCCGGCCACGCCAAAACCUGCCGCCGCCACCACAGUCGCUGCCGCCGUAAACAAUGAUUCCGAGGAUGACUUCGAUAUCGAUGCCAUUUAAAGCAUAUGCAUACACCGUAUACACACCAUCCACCCAACACACGUACUACACACAUACACAAGCGCGACGGAUAACAAGAAACACUGGUCCGAGCCGUAAUAUCCGGGAUGGAUAAUCAUUUUCCUCUCAAACAGCAUCGUGCAAAUGCAAUCUCAAGUUAUACGCAAAUAGAUAUAGGAUUUUCGUUGUUUUAGACUGAUGAGAAACGACAUAAUUGAAUGCCGUUGACACGUGAAUGAAGAAAGAAAGAAAGGGAAAAAAAAGAAGGAGAGAGAGAAAGAAAUUUUAACCGUUCCUAAGAGUUUAGCGUGAUUUAUCUAUGUACAGUAUAUUCGCAAUACUUUUAAUUGUUUUAACGAUGCAAAUAUGCAUUUAUCAGAAGAUAAUUUCCUUAAUAUCGUUAUCGACACUUUUUAAUGGUGCGCGUAUAUCUUGAAAUGCAUCCAUUUCAGGUAAAAGAAGACAUUCAUAGAGUUCAUGAGCAUUACUGGGAAAUUGGCCUGCUAAAAGCAUUCUUUAUUGUAUUUACCUAUUCUAAUUAUUAUCCAAAUAAAUAUGGUUUAUUGCAAUGAUCA